AUGUUUGAAGGGUUUGGAGACGCUCAUAUUCUGCUCCCCUCAACACCAGCCAUCGACUAUGACUUCUUCGUGCCCCCACAUGUGACCCCUUGCGGUCCCAUUAUCCCGCCCUUCGAGCCUCUUGCUGAAACGAGCCCUAAACUCGAUGCCUGGUUGAAACAAGGCCCGACGGUGUUGAUCAACUUAGGCUCUCAUAUUGUGGCCGACCAGCAUCUAGCUUCUGAAUUUGCUGUCGCGAUCAAGACCUUGCUCGACCGCCGGCCGGACAUACAAAUCCUAUGGAAGUUGAAGACGAAAGACGAUCUCGGAGAUGCUCUGCGCGUGAUCGCCAGCGAGAUCGAGAGCAAGCGGGUCUGGAUUGAGCCGUGGUUAUCCGCACCACCAAUCGCAAUUUUGACGAUUGGCAAUGUUGUCUGCAUGGUUCACCAUGGAGGAUCCAAUUCAUAUCACGAAGCGAUUCUUGCCGGCGUCCCUCAAGUUGUUUUACCUGUCUGGAUUGACACAUACGAUUUUGCCAUCCGCGUCGAGUAUCUGGGUAUAGGAGUAUGGGGCAACCGUGUUGCCGCUCCAUAUGCUGAGAGCUCAGAACUUGGCAAAGCCCUUAUACAAGUCGUGGAUGGUGAUGGAUCUGCUGCUAUGUCAGUCAAAGCCAAACAAAUUGCUGUGCCAUUCCAAGAGCGACCUGGUAGACAAGUUGCAUACGAGAAGGUGGUGGAGAUUUUGGGUGCGAUAUGA